AUGUCUGGUGAUAAGCCACAGACUUAUGUGUCCCUAGGAGCAACAAUAAUAUAUUUUCCUAAAUGUGCUCUGGAACCUAUGCUGAUGGACUGUUACAGGAGUCUAAUGGUACCUGACUUUCAGAGGAAGCUUCGAGCCCAUGGGACAAGAAAGCACCUUCCUGGUGCCAUGCUUGUACAUACAGACAAGCAAGAAGUUCUUUCUCAUCAUUUUUAUUUGCCUAAUUUAAUCAGCUUAAUCCAGUUUAAUUUUUCUUACACUAGGUCGUUCAAUAUUCUUGGCUUGAAGAAAAAUGAAAACAGCUCUGAGGUGUCACGAUUUGUUCUUCUGGGCCUGUCAUCUUCCUGGGAGCUACAGUUAUUUCUCUUCUUCGCAUUCUUAUUGAUUUUUGCUGUUAUUAUCCUGGGAAACAUUUUGAUAGUGAUGGUGGUACAGGCCAAUGCUCAUCUGCUCCAGUCUCCCAUGUACUACUUCCUAAGUCACCUGUCUUUCAUUGAUCUAUGUCUGAGCUGUGUUGCUGUACCAAAAAUGCUAGGAGAUUUCCUACAGAAGGAGAAGACAAUAUCCUUUUCAGGAUGCCUGGCCCAGAUUUUCUUCCUUCACUUUCUGGGAGCCAGCGAGAUGUUUCUGCUGACUGUAAUGGCCUAUGAUAGGUAUGUUGCCAUAUGCAACCCUCUGCACUACCUAGCGGUCAUGAAUAACCACCUGCGUCUUCGGUUGGUGUUUGCCUGCUGGUGUGGAGGUUUUAUCCACUCUAUCACACAGCUCAUUAUUGUCAUCCAACUGCCUUUCUGUGGUCCCAGUGAACUGGACAACUUCUAUUGUGAUGUCCCUCAGGUCAUCAAGCUGGCCUGCAUGGACACUUACUUGGCUGAGGUGCUGAUGGUCUUUAACAGUGGCAUAUUGUCUCUUGCCUGCUUCUUGGUCCUGCUCUUCUCCUAUGCUCUCAUCCUACUCGCUCUGAGAACUCACCUCCAUCGGGGCCAGAGCAAGGCACUGUCCACCUGUGCCUCUCACCUGACAGUGGUCAGCUUGAUCUUUGUGCCCUGUGUAUUCAUCUACUUGAGGCCAUUUUGCACCUUCUCUGUGGAUAAAGUAGUCUCUGUGUUUUACACAGUGAUCACACCUAUGCUGAACCCUCUCAUCUACACGCUGAGAAAUACAGAUAUGAAACGAGCUCUAGAAAAGCUGAGAAGAAAGCAGGUGACAUCCCACUGCCUCAUUAAAGGAUCAGAGGUAUAA